AAUGUGCAACACACGAGAAAUGACGCAGUUAUCUUUCAAAUGAUUUUGUGUUUGCUUGUUUGUGUGUAUGUUUUUUCAAAACUUUUGAUAUGAAAUACACAAAACGCCGAGUCAACAGUUUCAAAGACUAGUAGUGAGUCUCAACCGAAAUUAUAGGGAAAACAAUGUUACAUAUAAUCAGAAACAUGGAUUUUAUUUUUUAAAUCGACCAAAAAUCUCGUACACGGAAUAGGGAUUGUCGAAGAAAAUAAGUUUAAAAAGAAAAAAAACACGCACACAGUAAAAUAAGGAAGAAUACAUCAAAGAAUCACUUGCUAUGAGUAUUGCAGCAGAAGUUUUACCAGUGGCUUCCUUAUAUGUUGGAGAUCUUCAUCCCGAUGUUACGGAAAAAAUGCUAUACGAGAAGUUCUCGACUUGUGGAACUAUCAUUUCAAUCCGAGUGUGUCGAGACAUGGUUAAAAGGCGAUCUCUUGGAUAUGCCUACAUCAAUUUUCAGUCAGAUUCAGAUGCCAAAUUAGCUAUGGAAAGGAUGAAUUUCGCUAAUUUCAUGGGACGUCCCCUUAGAAUAAUGCAAUGGCAGAGAGAUCCAUCCCUUCGUAAAUCUGGACUAGGAAACGUAUUUAUUAAAAACCUGGAUAAAGACAUCGACAACAGAGCUUUGUACGACACCUUCUCUUUAUUUGGUGACAUUCUCUCCAGUAAGAUUGUAUCGGAUGAGAACGGUUCAAAAGGAUACGGGUUUGUGCAUUUUGAGAGUGAAGAAGAUGCGCGAAAUUGUAUUGAGAAGACAAACGGGAUGUUACUGAAUGGUAAGAAAGUGUUCGUUGGUAAAUUUGUGCCCCACCGAGAAAGAAAUCGAAAUAAGGCAUAUAGAGGAUUUACAAAUAUAUACAUUAAAAACUUUAGCGAUAAGCUCAACGAUGAGUCCCUUCGCAAACUGUUUGAAAAAUACGGCGCUAUAGUUAGUGCCAAAGUAAUGACAGACAAUUCUGGUAAGUCGAAAGGGUUUGGAUUUGUAAACUUCACGGACAGUCAAGAUGCCGAGAAAGCUGUGAGAGAAAUGAAUAGUGUUGAGAUUAAUGGUAAAGAACUGUACGUUGGACGAGCACAAACAAAACUAGAGAGAUUACUGUCUAUCAAGGACAAAUGUCACACUUUAAAGGGAUCACAAAAUAAAAUUGAAACUGAAGGUACGGACAGCAUUAUUGUAUAUGUAAAAAAUCUGGACGCAAACAUUGAUGAUGUACUUUUAAAGAAUUACUUUGCCAAAUUCGGUAAAAUUGAUUGUGCAAAAGUUAUGACUCAGAACGGUCGAUCUAACGGAUUCGGAUUUGUGAGUUUUUCUACACCAGAAGAUGCAACGAAAGCUGCGAGAGCGAUGAAUGGCAAAAUACUCAACUCGAAGAAACUGUACGUUUCAUUGGCUUUAAGUAAAGAAGAACGCAAGGCACAGUUAUCGAACAGUUUACUCCAGAAACUCCAUUCUAAACCAACUCAAUUAUGUUUUUGACACCAACUGCGAAAAAUGUAUAAACAAUAACAAACAGGAUUCUCAUCGCUUUAGAUAACAACGACAUACGCAAUCGACACUCGAAUAUUAUAAUAAUAGACAUCAUCAUGUAAUUUUC